CAAAUAGACGCUCACUCUCACGUUGAGCAGGCACUCCUACCCAGAGGUCUGAGAGCAAUGCUCCAGUCACAGACGCCACAUCAAGGCAGCCAGGAAGACGGGGGAAUUUUGUUCAUCACUGACGCCGAUAGCCAGCGUUCGCCCCUCAGAGUCACCCUCUCUGCCUCACCGGUGUACCUGCCAGAGAACUGCAUCUGGGUAUGUGACUGAGCCUCCACCUCCCAACUGUAGGACAGCGAAUGGACAGAACCAGCUCCACUCACGCACACUGUACCAGCGGAAGGACAUCUAUGAGGAAGACAAAACUGUUCCAAGACAAAGCAGUCAGUAAAAUUUUAAGUCUUAUUGUUAAAUCAUUCAAUUGUUGAUAACUGUAUCUGGCAAUAUUGUGUUUUGGUGUAAUGAUGCUGCCCACAGUGGUGGUGUGGUUGCUGCUGGUCAUCAGCCAGGUUCAGGUGGAAGCCCAGGGGCAGGAUGCCAGUUCCAACCCCUGGAGACAGAUGAUCCGGUGGGAGAAUAACGGGCGGGUUUUCAGCCUGUUAAACAGUGGUGCCGAGUAUGUUCCCGCUGGGAGUCAGGACCAGGACAGGGGUCACCGAGUGCUUCUGGCGGACACACCUCCCCAAACAUCCCGCAGGCCACAGGGUGGCAAUGUGCGCAGGCAGGCACCCCCCAGGGGUGGCUCGGAAACAGUGCGAGGACAGACCAGACACCCUUUUGGAUUUGGACAGGUGCCGGAAAACUGGCGCCAGGGGGUCCUGGGCACGGGUGAUACUGGCAGCCGUUUUCCAUCAUCCACCAGCACCCGCUUCAGGCCCUCUACAGGAUCUUCAUCAUCCUCAUCAUCAUCCUUCCCUCAGCCUCCUUUCAAUGCACCAUCCUACCCACAAUACCCCUUACCACAGCAGCCUUCCUAUCCACUACCGUUUGAUCCCAGCAUCUCAGAAGGCCCUGGGAGGGGGUACGAGCCACCCUUCCAGAGGGGGACAGGAUACUCAGGGGGUACAGGUGGAGGGUAUGGCGGAGGGGGAUACACUGGAGGAGGUUAUGGUGGGGGUGGAUACACCGGAGGUGGAUAUACUGGAGGUGGAUAUACCGGUGGGGGUCUAGGACCAGUGCUGCCACGCUCACCACCAGAGUAUGGUGAGGACGGUUACCGUUACUAUCCACCAUUUGGCCAGCCUUACUUACCAGCCCAACCAGCCCAGCCAGCUCAGCCAUCAUUCUCUGAUGGACUUGACCACAGGUACACUCACAGCCUGUACAAUGAAGAUCCCUCUGGCCCUAUCCCGGAUGCCAACUCCAAUGCAGCCCCUGUUGCAAACCCUGUCGCCCCCUCUUCAGAACGGCUGGGACCAGCACAGACGCCUGUGCGGAGCCCCCAGUAUGAGCAGUUCCCCCCUUUUGGGAGAGUGCAGCCCCAGACUCCCUUCCAACAGCCUGUCCCACCAGGCAGGAACCCCCAGUCCCCGAAUACUGCUGCGGAGAACCACAACAUCAAUGUGGGGAGUGUGUAUCGGCCAGAGCAAAGAGGGUUACCUGACCUGGUUCCUGACCCAAACUAUGUCCAAGCCUCCACCUACAUCCAACGGGCUCACCUCUACUCCCUCCGCUGUGCUGCUGAAGAGAAAUGUUUGGGCAGCUCUGCCUAUGGCUCUGAAGUAACAGAUUAUGACAUCAGGGUCCUCCUGCGCUUCCCACAACGGGUUAAAAACCAAGGGACGGCCGACUUCAUGCCCAACCGCCCCCGUCAUACCUGGGAGUGGCACAGCUGCCAUCAACACUACCACAGCAUGGAUGAGUUCAGCCACUAUGACCUCCUGGAGAUCAGCACUGGACGGAAGGUGGCAGAGGGCCACAAGGCUAGUUUCUGCCUGGAGGACACAACCUGUGACUUUGGACACCUGAAGCGUUAUGCCUGCACAUCACACACUCAGGGCCUCAGUCCUGGCUGCUACGAUACAUAUAACGCUGAUAUUGACUGCCAGUGGAUUGACAUCACAGACGUUCAGCCAGGAAACUAUAUAUUGAAGCUCCAGGUGAAUCCCAAGUACAGCGUGCUCGAGUCAGACUUCACCAAUAAUGUGGUCAGGUGUAAUAUACACUACACGGGACGUUUCGUCAAAACCACAAACUGCAAGAUCACACAGUCCUGAUCAAACUCCCAGAUCUGAGUGUCCAGGGGAAUUGCUGUUCCAUUGCAAUGUGAAUGGAAACCAAUUUUUGUUUUGCUACAAAUUCAUGAGCCCUUCGAGAAACGGCGUUCCGCUAGCACUGACGACAAUAUGGAGUAUUUACACAAGCACAUGAUGAGAAUUAUCAUAGAAUGAACAUUGGGAGGUCCAAGUCUUUUUUCUUCCAUUUUCUAUUUUCCCUUUUUAAAUAGAGGGGAUGUGUAUGUAUUGGGGGGCCCACUGCAAGUGUCCAGGACAUUUUUAAAGAGCAGCAUUCCUGUGCCCUGUGACCUUCUGGUCUGGAGUUAACCGCUUGGCAUUAAAUAAGGUGUGACAGGAAGUGGUGCUGUUGUGGUCCCAGAUGUGUCAAGGUUCAGCUAUAGUC